AUGAGUUCGGUAGAUCCUACCACACCGGCGCCGCCCCCGCACGUCCCGUCGACCGCGUCGUUUCACUGGGGACCGACUUUUCUCCUCGGGGAUAGCCUGCACUCGUAUCGGGCCGCCAUCGGCUACGUUGCGCGCGUGUGGACGCCGCCGGCUGCCCUUGACGGUGUCGAGUACGCCUCGUUCGUUGUUCUCCUCUCCAGCGGACUUUGUGUGAUGGAGGGCUUCCACGCCGUUCGCUACACCCUGCGCCAGCUGCGCCGGUUCAAGGCGGAGACGGCGCCGCAGCAUCCGACGCGCGUCGUGUGCGGCGACGGUCAUGCGGCUCUGCCCUUCCACACAGACGCCCCCGGAGGCGAAACGACCGAAGUGAACACGAAGUCGAGGGAGCUGCUCGAAGCCGCGGAUGACAAGGACGAGGAGAGGGCGGCAGCGGCCACGACGACGACGACGACGGUUGCUGCGGCGGCCGACCCAUUCCGGUGGUAUCAACGUGUUCUGCACCGUAUCUCCGCGGCGCUGCCCACUCGUGCGGGGAAGCAAUCCGCACCGCACAUCGAUGAGAGCGAAGACGAGGCAGCGGCGGCCGACAGUAACCCCCUGGGGCGGCCAGACAACGAGUCGUCCGAGUACGACUUCAUGAGCCGCGGCACGUCGGUGCCGUUUGAAAUGUCCAACCUGCCGGCACAGCGUGGGGGAAGUCUGCUGCCGUACGCGACAGCCGACGGAGCCGCCACCGUCAGUCUCCAUGAUGCGGGCGACGCGGAGGACGGCGACGCGGAGGACGAGGAGGAGGACCAAACCUGGGAGGCCACUCCGGAGAUGCUCAUGCACUACUGGAAGCAGCUCGAGCACAUCAUUCUGACCGCACCGCGCCGCAACGCCAGAAGGUUCUUCCGCAACUUACCAAAUGAGAUGACCGCGACGGAGCCGGACGUGGCCGCGGUGAACGCGUGGUUUGACGGCGUAACCCACCACCUACAGGGAGGGGCAUCUGUGUGGUCGUACUUCGCGUCCGCGGCUGCGCUGCACACACCGCCCACGGAGGUGAAGAAGGAAUCCUCGCUGGCCGCGCCGGCGUGUGCGCCGUUUGGGCAGCAGCGGCCGGCCUUCGCGGUGCCGCCCAACGGGUGCUUCGCCUACCACACAAAGCCGCCACCGGAGGACUUCUACCGGGACACCGAUCACUCCUCUGGAGAGGAGGAGGAGUUGUGUGAGACGCACCAGCAGCAGCAGACCCCGCAGCAGGAAGACAAGCACGAGGAACAAGGCGAGCCGCCCCAUCCGCGUGGCCCGUCAGCCGAAGAGGAAGAGAAGAAGAGGGAGAGCGAGGCCAGCGCCGCGGGCACUACGGCAGACGUGGAGGCCGCUGCCCCGGUGGCGGGUCGAGGCACCGUCGAUGGCAGUGAAGCGGCGUCCCGUGCCCGUCCGCGCCGGCACAUUCUCCAUUGGGAGGCGCUGCUGCUGAUUUGGUUCAACGUGACAGAGGUACCCAUGUCAUCCCGUGAGAUCCGCGCUCUUCUGCUGAAGGCGUCGCCGCCAGCCGUUAUGAGUCCGGCGAUGGUGCGCGACAGCGGCCCGACCGCCUUCAACUUGGCCAGCACGAACCUGAGUCUUCUGUGGUUCUGGUCGACCCUGCAGCGCGUCUUCGAGACGUUGGUGCUGAACGAGGACGUCGAGAGGUGCGAGGCGGACAUCGAGGAGCUGCAGGCGUACGCGAUGCCUCUCUUCAUUAAGUGCGUGGCGCGGUGGCCCGUGCCGGCGCAGAUGUCGGUGACGAUGGAGGUGGCUCUCCAUCGCGGACUGGUGGGCUUUAUCUGCGUCGUGCAGUCGACCUGGAUGGCGCUGAACGUCGUCAUGCAGCGACUGCUGGGCCUGCGGCGCCGCCUGUACUACCGCAACACGUGGAGUCUCGCGCGGUACAUGUACUCGAGUUCCAAGGCGAAGGUGAUGUCCGCCGCGCUGAUCACCGUGAUGAUGACCCUCAGCUCUCGCGUCUCCGCCGCGGGCCGCGUGGUGCGGGAGCGCAUUGCGGGUUACAUCGAGAACGGCACGGAGGAGGGGCACGUGUCCGCUGGGGUGGGGAAAGGCAGCGGUGGAGGCAGCGGCCCGGCAAUGAACCUGCGACUGAUGCUCGCGCUCUGCGCGUUUGAGCUGGCACGCAUGGCGGUGCAGUACGUCAUCACGAACACCACCAGCGAGUUCAUCGUGCUGACGGCGAGCCAGCGGCGCGAGGUGGUGAAGAUGCAGCUCUACGAGGCCCUCAGCCACACCCAGCUGACCUUCUACGAGCAGCACACCUAUGAGGAGGUGGAGGAGAUCCUCUACUACGUGAACGACAUGGAGGGCAUCGACGUGCAGCUGCACCAGUACCUCUUUGACGCGAUCAACGUGUUCGUGGAGCUCACGAACGCAUUGCGGCCCUUCACCUACCGCAGCACGGUGGUGGCGGCGGGCGUGGCCAUGGCGCCGUACGCGCUGCGGGGCAUCGCGGCGGCGGUGGAGCGGCGCUACCUGCUCGCGCAGCGGGAGGGCUAUUUGCCGUCUGGUGCCUACGCCGUGGAGGACGCCUACCAGGGCGCUGGCGACGGUGACGGCGGUGACGACGCCAACGUGCUGCGCGAGGGGGCGAUGCUGCGGGGCGAUGAGAUCAUCGCUGCAAUCCCGCAGCUGCGGCCGUAUGGCGCAGAUGUCCGCCUCGUGCGCUGGUGGAACCGCCACCAGCAGCGUCGUCAGCACAUGAAGCUGUCGCGUCAUCGGCCGCCGUCCAGCACGGCGAAGGAGACGAAGAAGGCCGCUGCUGGCGGGGAGAAGGAAUGUGGGUCAUCGGUGAAGAGCGGCCUACGCCGUGAAGGGGCGCCGACGUCUGCCAAUGGUCGUCGCAGCGCCCCCGGGUCGCAGUCACGGCAGGGCUGGAGGACGUAUUUUCAAAGUCUCAUCGGUGCGUGGGUGACGGACGAAGACAUCGGAUUAGUGCGCAGUGCCCUCGUCGCCCUCGUGCAGCUCCCGCAUGGCAAGCUGCUGCCCGGCUCCGGCAAGGCGCUGCUGGAUCUGUCGGAGUGGCUGCUGCCGAUGGCGGCCUCCGCCUACGGGAUUGCGUGGUGCGGGCAGCCCAACUUGGAUCCUUUCCAGCUCCUUCAGGGCAUGCAGGCCAUCGAGGCGGCGGUGGACAACAUUGGCGAGGCGCGGGACACGGCGGAGAUGAUCGGCUACAACGCCUACAAGGCGAGCAUGCUAGAGCGGCUGCUUCAGCCCACCCAGUGGGAAGUCGUGUCGCGCGAGGAGAGCCUCUACAUGGCGAACUUCAUCAUCUCCGCCGCAGAGGUGGGACGGGUCAACGACGCACGGCAGCGGUGGGUGGCGCAGUCACACCGGCUGUCGCGGCUUGUGACCCCGGCCUCUGCUACGCCUUCGGCGACGCCGCUGCUGAGUGCCGCGAUGGCCGGAGCGGCCAGCUUCUACCGCCGACACGCGCUGCGGCACAUCGAAAUUGAGGGCAUCCGCCUGCGGUACGUUCCGACGGAGUCGACGGUGCGGCGGCGGCGUCGACGGAACUCCUCCACCCACGACGGCACCCCUCACAGCGGCACACCCGUCAGCGCGUCGUUGCCGAACGGGGAUGAGGGCGGCAGCGUUGAAGGUCAACGCACCGCGGAGGACGAGACGGACGACGACGAGCAUGCGGGAGUCGGAAGGCGGGACGCACCGCACGACGGUGCCCCCCUCUUCUCCGCGGACAUCGUCCUAUGGUCCCCGCAGCAGCAGCGCGGCCGCUUCGUGUGUGUGACCGGCCCCAACGGUCGGGGUAAAACCGCCCUCGUCAAUCUCUUGCUGGCGCUCUACGUGAACGCCCGUGGGCCGCUGCCCUCCUCCGUCGCCUCGUCCCCCCACGCCGGCCGGCUCGGCUCGGGCGCCGUCACCUUCUGCUUCGCCGGUCGCAUCCGUGCGCGCCGGCAGCGUCGCGGUGGGCUGACCAGUCGGACCGCCAAUUCGAGUCAAGUGAACGUCGCACGUGCGGGCAGCUCUGCGUACGGCUCCUUCCAUUCACACCGCGGUGCCGCCACUGCUGCUGCGUCGGCGGACGGCGGUCGUCGUGGGGAGUCGCGGGUUGAUCUUCGCACCAUCCCAGCGGAUGUGCUUCGGCGGCACAUCUUCAGCUACGUGCCGGAGAUGCCGACCGUCUUCUCUGGGGCGACGGUGGCGCAGAAUAUCUCUCUCGCUGGCUACGUCUCCGUUGCGACGGACGCGUUGAUGCGGCGCGUGACGCAGUGUGCGACGUUGGCGCAGUGCGACUUUGUUCAGCGACUCCCACUGGGUCUGCUGACGCGCAUCGCCGACACGACGGCCAACUCGUGGGGCACCACUGCCGGGCAGUACAGCACCGGAGUGGGCAACACAUCGGUGACGCGGCUCAGCGCGGAUCAGGCGAAGCGGCUAAUGCUGGCCCGGGCCUACUUCCACGGCGGCGAGGUGCUUCUGAUGGAUGAGCCCACGAAGGAGAUGGAGGAUCCCGCGACGGCGCGGCGGAUGUGCGAAGGGUGGUGUAAGCUGCUGGAGCGUGGUCACUGCAGUGGCGUCAUUUGCAUGACGAUGGACGAGACGCUGUUGAGGAUGGCCGACGAGGUGAUCACGCUGCCGUGA